CGACCAAAGCCAAAACGAUUUGGAAACCUCGGUUUGUCUUCACUACUUCGAACCACCACCAUAAAAUAAGAAAAAGCUAGGGUUGGAAGGCCGGGAUGGGGAGGGGGAAGAUUGUGAUAAGGAGGAUCGACAAUUCGACGAGCAGGCAAGUGACUUUCUCGAAGCGGAGGAACGGCUUGCUGAAGAAGGCGAAGGAGCUGGCCAUACUUUGCGACGCCGAGGUCGGAGUGGUGAUCUUCUCCAGCACUGGCAAGCUUUAUGAUUUCGCCAGCACCAGCAUGAAAUCAGUAAUUGAACGGUACCAUAAAUCAAAAGAGGAACAUCACCAACUUGGGAACCCAACCUCAGAAGUCAAGUUUUGGCAAAGGGAGGCAGCAAUGUUAAGGCAACAAUUGCAGAACUUGCAAGAAAAUCAUCGGCAAAUGAUGGGUGAAGAACUUUCUGGUUUGAAUGUCAAAGAAUUGCAGAAUUUGGAGAACCAAUUGGAAAUGAGUCUACGGGGUGUUCGUAUGAAAAAGGACCAAAUUUUAAUGGACGAAAUAGAAGAAUUAACCAGAAAGGGAAACCAAAUUCACCAGGAAAAUGUUGAACUGUAUAAGAAGGUAAACCUAAUUCGUCAAGAAAACAUGGAAUUAUAUAAGAAGGUUUAUGGACCAAGGGAUGUGAAUGGAGCAAACCGAACUUCCCUUCUCUUAGAUGGUCUUGGCAUUGGAGAGGACUCGCAUGCACCUGUCCAUCUCCAGCUUAGCCAGCCACAGCAACAAAACUAUGAGACACCAACAAGAGCCACAAAAUUGGGGUAUAUUACUCUCUGGAACCAAAUAUUUCAAUCAUGAAUGCCAAUUUACUUUCCUAAAGCAUGAUCCAAAACUGGUUUCCUUGAUGACAGCAGCAGACUACAACUGCAUUAGCAAAGAAGACACAACUGGGGAUGGAUAAUGCUUCGUCUCUAUCAAUAAAAUGGCCUAUGGUUAUAGAUUUAUGUUUUUAUCAGUAAGGUAUGCUAUAAGAGCAAUAGACAAUUCAGCAAAAAGAUACUUGUUUGAAAUGAUCAAUGAAACCAGAUACUUAUGUAGCUUUAUAAGAUUAACUGUACUAAGACUAAUUGAAAUGGAUUGCAUGUGAACUGUCUUUUAGCAGACUUUAAGUCUUAUCCUUGAAAGAAGCAAACUGACUAAAAGGUUGAUAAUAGUAAUCUUUUUGGUAAAUAGGACAGGUGAAAAAAUAUAACUAAAAACCAACACCAACAUGUACUUCCAAGUAAGAUUAUAACUUAUAGACAAGAAUAACAACAAAAGCAUCUCAAACAAAAUACUCUGGGAACAAAACUGCAUAUUUCAGUUCAACGAAGGACAUCAAAAA